CUCUGAAUCAUUUGCUGUGGUUCGCUUCCUUUGGGUCACUCCAGUUUCCUUCUCUCUCUCUCAUACACAAACACACUCCCACAGCUCAAAAAAACCCAAAACCCUAACUCUCGCGUUCUUUAUCCCUCGCCCCCAACCAUGAAUUGUUCCAUCUCCGGCGAAGUUCCGGAAGAGCCCGUCGUGUCCAGGAACUCUGGUCUUCUCUUCGAGAAGCGUUUGAUCGAGCGACACAUUUCGGAUUAUGGCAAGUGUCCAAUUACUGGCGAACCACUUACUAUGGAUGACAUUGUACCAAUCAAGACAGGGAAGAUAGUGAAGCCCAGACCUGUCCAGGCAGCUAGCAUCCCUGGCAUGCUUGGAAUGUUCCAAAAUGAAUGGGAUGGGUUGAUGUUAUCUAAUUUUGCAUUGGAGCAACAAUUGCACACGGCAAGGCAAGAGCUUAGUCAUGCUCUCUACCAGCAUGAUGCUGCAUGCCGAGUGAUUGCUAGACUUAAAAAGGAACGAGAUGAAGCUAGGUCCUUACUUGCGCAAGCAGAAAGGCAGUACCCUGUUUCUGCACUAAAUGCUCCAACUGCAAAUGCCCCUGUUCUGAGCAAUGGAAAAAGAGCUGCUGAGGAUGAGGAUCUGGCUCCUGGUGCAAAGAAAAUUCAUCCUGGAAUAUCUUCUAGCGUAAUUUCUGAGCUAACUGAUUGCAAUGCUGCUCUCUCCCAGCAGAGAAAGAAGAGACAGAUUCCUGCCACUUUGGCUCCUAUUGAAGCUCUGGAGUCAUAUACCCAGAUAUCUAGUCAUCCCUUUCACAAAACAAACAAACAAGGCAUUAUAUCCCUUGAUAUCCAUUGUUCUAAGGACUUAAUUGCAACUGGAGGUAUUGAUACAAAUGCUGUUAUUUUUGACCGAUCUUCAGGACAGAUAUUAUCUACACUAAGUGGUCACUCCAAAAAGGUGACCAGUGUAAAGUUUGUAGCUCAGGGUGAAUCAAUCUUAACUGGUUCAGCAGAUAAGACAGUUCGUCUGUGGCAAGGGUCAGAUGAUGGUAACUAUAGCUGCAGGCACAUCUUAAAGGAUCAUACAGCUGAGGUGCAAGCUGUCACUGUCCAUGCUACCAAUAAUUAUUUUGUGACUGCUUCACUUGAUGGCUCUUGGUGUUUUUAUGAACUUUCUUCAGGGACAUGUUUGACUCAGGUUUUCGACUCUUCAGGUUCUUCUGAAGGCUACACAUCAGCCGCUUUCCAUCCUGAUGGUCUCAUCCUUGGAACUGGUACCACAGAAUCUCUUGUUAAGAUUUGGGAUGUAAAAAGCCAGGCAAAUGUUGCUAGGUUCGAUGGACAUGCUGGUCCAGUAACUGCCAUUUCUUUUUCUGAGAACGGAUACUUCCUUGCGACUGCUGCUCACGAUGGUGUUAAGCUUUGGGAUCUACGGAAAUUGAAGAACUUUAGGAAUUUUGCUCCAUAUGAUUCGGAAACACCAACAAACUCUGUGGAGUUCGACCACAGUGGAUCCUACCUUGCAAUUGCUGGCUCGGAUAUAAGGAUUUACCAAGUUGCAAAUGUGAAAUCUGAAUGGAACUGUAUUAAAACCUUCCCUGAUUUAUCCGGAACAGGUAAGGCCACGUGUGUAAAAUUUGGUGCAGACUCUAAAUACAUAGCUGUUGGAUCAAUGGACCGGAAUCUUCGAAUAUUUGGCUUGCCUGGCGAAGAUGCUCCCACUGAGUCAUAAAAUGCGUCAGUUGUACAGGCCAAAAUGCUGUUUUGGAGUGACUGUUGCUGCCAUUUGGUGCUUGGUCAGAAUCAUGGAUUGGAGAAGUUAAUGAAGGUAGUGGUUUCUUUGAUUAUUUGGUCUUGGUUCUCACACACAAUGGUGUAUGAGAGGGAUGGAGCAAAUGUACUUUCAGGCUUUCUGCAGCAACAUUAUUAUGCCUUUGAUCAUGGCUGCUAACCUAAGUGACAGAAGCUGCAAUAUUUGCCUUGUCUUCAAAACCUCGAAGCUUAUGUUGUCCGUAGAUAAUUUUGUAACGUAAACUGUUAAAUUAGUGAGAUAACUGAUUUGUCGGCCAUUUCAUCGGAAAUUUAUAUGGUUGUAACUAUUCUUAUUCGGGGUGCUUUUCUUGAUUUAUUAGACAUUAUUAAAAAAAAAGGCAAUAGACAUCAACUUCUAGUA